AUGGUUCACAACGGAUCUGCUAAGAAGUCUACCGGUCACGCAGAUAGCGAAUUUGAUUUCCAGCAGCGGCAUAAACAAGACAGGGAGCGCAAACCUAGACCCAAGCGCAUCAUUAUUUGCUGUGAUGGUACCUGGCAGUCGUCAGUCUCGGGAGAAAAGAACGUCCCCUCCAACGUCACACGCCUCUGCCGCGCCAUAAAUCCUAUCGGAACCGAUGCCGAGGGAAACGAAUUCCAGCAGAUUGUCUGGUACGACUCUGGCAUUGGGAGCACGUCCUCGCUCUUACUUGGUACCAUUCACGAGGGUGCUACUGGCUCCGGAUUUGAAGGAAAUGUCAUUGAAGCAUACAAUUAUUGUGUGCUGAACUGGAAUCCUGGUGACCAGAUUAUGGCCUUUGGUUUCUCCCGAGGCGCUUUUACUGCCCGUUCAAUCGCUGGAGUUAUUACCGACAUUGGACUCUGCAAUAAGGCGGACCUCAACAAGUUCCCUGAGCUUUGGAAAAACUACAAGACCUUCAAAACCAACAAGGACAACAAGGGCAAGCGGUUUUUCCACAGCAAGAGUUGGUUUGAAUGGAUGUGGGGAACGGCAGAUAUCACUCAGGGCGCUGGUGAUGCGAAAUCGGGUGAUGACUGGGCUCAGAAAGGCUCGAGGGCAGUGGAAGUGGUUGGUGUUUAUGACACUGUUGGUGCUAUCGGGAUGCCAGAGGUCGCUGGGGUCAAAAUACCUCAAUGGCUCAGUUGGAAGGAGAACCCUGAGUGGCAGAGUGUGGGCCUCUCGACGCAUAUAAAAUACGCUUUCCAGGCCCUUGCUAUCGAUGAACAACGCAAGGCAUUCGAGCCCACCCUGUUCUUUGUGCCCCCUCAGAAGGAUGGUACCAAGGAGGAACUCCUGAAGAACGCAGUCAAGGAAAAUAAGGAAGCUUACGAGAAAAAUUUGCAGAAAGCCAAGAAACUAAAGACUCCAAAGAAAGAAACCAAAGCAGGAAAGAGGGCUAAACUCCCGACCGAUGCCUCAAUCAAUGAGAUCGCUGGUGAAGUCAAUGCCCUCGCUCUGAAAUGGAACGAUUCUCUUCGACAUCUCAUAAACUACCAAGACAGAUCGAAAAAACCUACUGAGCUCGUACAAGUUUGGUUUCCAGGAUAUCAUAUCAACGUUGGCGGAGGUGCAUCCGAGACUAUGCACAACAAGGGAAAUAUGGAAGAAAUGUCAAACAUCGCUUAUUCCUGGAUGCUGGAUCAACUGAAGAAACACUUAUCUCUCAACGAAGCGCAUAUUAAUCAAGAGUACGAUCUUCGCGAAGCGAACUUCCGGAUCGAGAAUAAAAAGCGGUUGGAUUGGAACAUAAUGACAAAAGAUGAAACUUGGGGAACAUGGGCCUUGCGCAGGUCAUUUGAGGUUGCCUCAGCAAUUAGACACCCUCUGACUGCUGGCCCAGUCCCUCCUUUUGAAGAAAAUCGGUCCUACGACUGGGGAACUGCUGCAAUGGAGGACAGCUACAGCAAGAUGUACUGGCUGAAUGGAAAGCAUGUCCGCACGCCAGGCCGAUAUGCUUAUGUGGCUGGCGACCGAAGCAAGUCUCUGGGCGAAACCUUCGAAUACAUCCACCCCGUUGUCAAGUACAGAUUUGAUCAAGCUCGUUUGAAACACAAGGACGAUUCGUGCGAUGAAGGUAGAUUGUGCGAAGGCGGGCCUAUGUUCAAGCGUCGAUUGGUGAACAAAAAUGGUUCUAAGCCCCAUUUUGUGUGGAAUUUGACAUAUGACUCCGAUCCCUCCGAUGUUAUCACGUUAAAGGAAUGGCCUCUUGGGGGAGGGGACUGUUAUGAGCGAAAGGCCAUUGGUAAAAUCCAAAAUGCGAUGGACUGGGUCGGCCAAAUGGAUGAUGCUAUGAAAGUUGGUUCCAAGGCGAGCCACAAUUAG